AUGGCGCCCGCCGGUGGAGGAAAUAUUAAGGUGGUGGUGAGAUGUCGGCCCUUUAACAGUAGAGAAAUCGACCGUGGGGCAAAAUGUAUUGUUGAGAUGAAAGGCAACCAAACGGUUCUGACACCACCCGCUGAAGCUGCUCAUGGCCCCAAAGGAUCAAAAGACAACUCGCUGAAGUCGUUCGCCUUUGAUAAGUCAUAUUGGUCCUUUAACAAAAGCGACUCAAACUACGCCGGCCAAGAAAACUUACAUGGCGAUCUUGGAAAGCCACUUUUGGACAAUGCUUUUCAAGGAUACAACAACUGUAUCUUUGCUUACGGACAGACAGGUUCUGGCAAGUCAUAUUCUAUGAUGGGAUAUGGCAAAGAGGCCGGUAUUAUACCCCACAUCUGCCAGGAUAUGUUUAGGAGAAUCGAAGAAUUGCAGAAAGACAAGACGACACGGUGUACUGUAGAAGUGUCGUAUCUCGAGAUUUAUAAUGAAAGGGUACGGGAUUUGUUAAAUCCGUCUACAAAAGGGAACCUGAAGGUCCGAGAACAUCCCUCAACUGGUCCUUACGUAGAGGAUCUCGCCAAGUUGGUGGUCAGCAGCUUUCAGGAGAUCGAGCACCUUAUGGACGAAGGCAACAAGGCAAGAACAGUUGCUGCGACAAAUAUGAAUGAAACAUCCAGUAGGAGUCACGCCGUGUUCACGCUCAUGCUUACACAAAAGAAGUACGAUGCUGAGACGAAAAUGGAGAUGGAGAAGCAAGCGAAAAUUAGCUUGGUCGAUUUAGCUGGUUCGGAGAGAGCAACGUCAACUGGUGCUACUGGUGCUCGACUAAAGGAAGGUGCUGAGAUCAAUAGGUCCCUCUCGACGCUUGGCCGUGUGAUAGCAGCAUUAGCCGACCUCUCAACGGGGAAAAAGAAGAAAGGACCGGGAGGAACCGUUCCAUACCGAGAUAGUGUUUUAACGUGGCUUCUAAAGGACUCACUCGGUGGAAACAGUAUGACCGCUAUGAUUGCAGCAAUCAGUCCGGCUGAUAUCAACUACGACGAAACUUUAAGUACUCUACGAUAUGCUGACUCCGCUAAGCGAAUUAAGAACCAUGCUGUUGUUAACGAAGAUGCGAAUGCUCGCAUGAUUAGAGAACUGAAGGAAGAAUUAUCAAUACUGCGAAGCAAAUUAGGAGGUGGUGGCGGUGGCUCCGGCGGCUCUGCCGUCCCCCAGAAGAAGUCUAUGCUGAAGGUAUCAAAGGCAGAAAUUGCUGAACAGCUAAGCCAAAGUGAGAAAUUGUUGACCGAUCUCAACCAAACCUGGGAAGAGAAACUCCUAAAGACGGAAGAGAUCCACAAGGAGCGAGAAGCUGCUCUUGAAGAACUCGGUAUCAGCAUUGAAAAGGGGUUCGUGGGAUUACAUACUCCCAAGAAGAUGCCUCACUUGGUCAACUUGUCUGAUGACCCUCUUCUCGCGGAAUGUCUGGUCUAUAACCUCAAGCCGGGCAGGACGACGGUAGGAAAUGUGGAAUCGAAUUCGGAGCAUCAGGCAAAUAUCCGUCUCAACGGUACUCGAAUUCUUCAUGAGCAUUGUUGCUUUGACAAUUCUUCAGACGGCAUUGUUACAAUAACACCAAGCGAAGGUGCGUCUAUUAUGGUUAACGGAAAGCGCAUCGCAGAGACGACACGAUUGCAUUCUGGCUUCCGUGUCAUUUUGGGCGACUUUCAUAUAUUCAGAUUCAAUCAUCCUAUGGAGGCUCGUGCAGAAAGGGACGAGAACCGGCAAAGUCUACUUCGGCAGUCCGUUACUGCAAGCCAGUUGCGAGAUUUAGAACGUACAUCUCCAUCCCCACGGCCAGGUCACGAACGAUCAUUCAGCAAAGCUGGUUCCGAGCUUCCUGACAGUCGCCCAGACUCACCCGCUCCGUAUCGAAGCGAGCGUGAUACAGAUUGGUCCUUUGCACGACGAGAAGCCGCGGGUGCCAUCCUCGGAACAGAUAAGAACCUUCAAAGUUUGACAGACGAGGAGCUUAAUGCGCUGUUCGAAGAUGUGCAGCGAGCUAGGGCUGAGCGCGUCAAUGAUCGCGAAGGCGAUGACGAUUCAGAAUCUAACACUUCCUAUCCUAUUAGGGAGAAGUAUAUGUCGACUGGCACAAUUGAUAACCUCUCGUUGGAUACGGCGCUUACGAUGCCGUCUACUCCGAAGGCCGGCGAAGGGGACGAUCGGCUUAAAGAAAUGCGAGAUAGUAUGCAAGAUCAGCUGGAGAGGCAAAAAGAUGAAUACCAAGGGCAGCUCAAGAGCGCCGGCGUGGCCAACGUUGAAGUGGAGGAGAUUAAAAAGGAGAAAGCUAGGAUGGAAGAGACUCUGGUCCAGCUAAAAGCUGACAUGCAAAAGCAAUUAGAAACCCAAAAGCAGCAGUUCGAGGCUAAGAUUGAAAAGCUCGACCCCCUGAAGAGACCCAAGGCAAAGCCGAAGUUAACUGAAGAGGAGAUUGAGAGGGCUAAAAAGACCAUCACGCACUGGAGGGGCCGGCAUUACGUACAGAUGGCCGAAGCCGUCCUACAACAUGCGACUGCCCUCAAGGAGGCACAGAUUAUGAGUGAGGAACUGGGGGAGAACGUUGUCUUCCAAUUCACGGUCGUGGAUAUCGGUCACGCGCGCUGUUCUUCCUAUGAUAUGGUACUGAACGAUGUACCAAGCGAGGGUGAAGAUCCAGCCCUUGACGAAGCUCAAAAGCCGUGUGUAGGAGUUCGCGUUGUCGACUACAAGAACACCGUCGUCCAUCUCUGGAGUUUAGAAAAGCUUCAUGACCGCUUGUUCAUCCCCGGUGUCUCAGAUAGCGUCACUACAACUCAAAUGAUUAAGGAUUUUGACGAAGGCCCUAUAAGAUUCGACAGUGUCCAUAGCAUGAGCGUUCCGUUGUUUGGGUCUCGAGACGUCAACCUUAGGAUUGCCAUUUUCGCCAAAGUUUCUACAAUGCACCUCGACAAAUUGUUGAGUUGGGAUGAGAUGCGUGAUGCCACUCCUAACCCCGGGCAUGAUUCUCCGGGCGCUCGAAUAAAUGAAACACAGUUCUACACUGAGGAGAAGCACGAUCUACUUGCCCGGGUUCAGAUCCUCGAACUUAACGAGAACGGAGAAUAUGUUCCUGUGGAGGUCACGCAAACAAGUGAGCUCGACACUGGCACUUUUCAAUUACACCAAGGACUUCAAAGACGGGUGGCGAUCAACCUCACACAUAGCUCGGGAGAUACAUUGCCAUGGGAGGAUAUCGUUUCGGUUCGCAUUGGCAAGAUCCAGCUUGUCGACCACGCCGGCAAAAAUCCCUGA